GAGUCGGCGAUGAGGCUCUCGCUGGCUUUCGCCGUGCUCCUCCUGGCCUCGGCGCAGGCUCGGGCCGAGGAGAUGGGCACCACCGACGACCUCAGCUACUGGUCCGACUGGUCCGACGGCGACCAGGCGAAGGAGGAGCUGCCACUGCCCCUGGAGCACAUCCUGCAGCGGAUGGCCCGGAGACCUCGGCCCCAGCAGUUCUUCGGCCUCAUGGGCAAGAGGGAUGCCGGAUAUGGCCAGAUUUCUCACAAAAGGCAUAAAACAGACUCCUUUGUUGGACUUAUGGGCAAAAGAUCUUUAAAUUCUGGAUCCUCUGAAAGGAGCAUAGCACAGAAUUACGAACGGAGGCGUAAAUGA